AUGCUCACCUCCGCCGCCCGCGCGCUGCUCUCCCCGCUGCGCGCAGCGGCCGCGUGGGCGAGCGGGGUCGGGGGGGGCGCCGCCUCCUCCUCCUCGCCCGCUGCUCGCUCGGCGAUCAACCGGACCACGCUGCCGGACGGGCGGCGCGCGCUCUUCAUGCGCGCCCUCUUCAUGUUCUGCUCGCCGACCGUCGCUCCUCUGGACUGCAACCCCGAGGCCAAGGCGCUCGUGGCGGCGGGGCUGCUGCCCGCCUCUCCGCCGCCCCUCGCCGGCGGCUCCUUCUCCGACUUGCGGCGCGCGCUCGAGGAGUGGAGGCCGCACUUGUUCUGGUUCGCGGGGCACGGCGACACGCGGCUUGUCGACGGCGACUCGACGAUCGGCUUCUCGGCGCCCGACGGCGCGCUGCAGCUCGUCUCACCGGCGGUGAUCGCCGCGGCGCUGCGGCAGCACGUGCCGCUGCACGGCGGCGACCUCGAGUGCGUCGUGCUCAACGCCUGCUCCUCCGGCUUCGGCGUCGGCUCGCUCGGCGAGAUGCUGCACCGCACGUCCGUUCCCUGCGUCGUCGGCUGGACCACGCGCGCGCACAACAUCGCGUCGGCCGUCUUUGCACUCGGUUUCGGCGCGUGUGUGGCGAGCGGGCGCACCUACCCGGAGGCGUUCGAGGGGGGCGUGCUGGCGGUGC